CUCACUUAUGGGUCGGAAGCGCUGCGUGGGGGAGACUGUUCCAAGAUGGCGGCGGGUUGCUGCGGGGUGAAGAAGCAGAAACUGUCCAGUUCGCCCCCCUCCGGCUCGGGUGGCGGUGGUGGCGCCUCCUCCUCCUCCCACUGCAGCGGAGAGAGCCAGUGCCGAGCAGGGGAGCUGGGACUAGGAGGCGCCGGUCCGCGGCUCAACGGGCUGGGAGGGCUGACUGGAGGAGGUAGCGGCAACGGCUGUACCCUCUCUCCCCCUCAGGGCUGCGGCGGCGGCGGCGGGGGGAUUUCCCUGUCGCCACCUCCGAGCUGCGGAGUGGGGACCCUACUUUCUACCCCGGCCGCCGCCACCUCUUCCUCACCCUCCUGUUCGUCCGCCGCCUCGUCCUCAUCGCCCGGUUCCCGGAAGAUGGUGGUGUCAGCGGAGAUGUGCUGCUUUUGCUUCGAUGUGCUCUACUGUCACCUGUACGGAUACCAGCAGCCCCGGACCCCCCGGUUCACCAACGAGCCCUACCCACUGUUUGUAACAUGGAAGAUUGGUCGAGACAAAAGAUUGCGUGGAUGCAUAGGUACUUUUUCUGCCAUGAAUUUGCAUUCAGGACUCAGGGAGUACACACUUACCAGUGCCCUUAAAGAUAGCCGUUUUCCCCCAAUGACAAGGGAUGAGCUCCCACGGCUUUUCUGCUCAGUAUCUCUGCUCACUAACUUUGAAGAUGUCUGUGAUUAUUUGGACUGGGAGAGUAGAACUGCACUCCAUAGGAUUUUCAAGGCUGUGGCCAUUUGGAAGCAGAUCGCCAGGCCUUUCUUCCAAGGAGCUGAGGUGGGUGUACAUGGCAUUAGAAUAGAAUUCAUCAAUGAAAAAGGAUCAAAACGCACCGCCACCUACCUACCGGAGGUUGCAAAGGAGCAAGGAUGGGACCAUAUUCAGACCAUAGACUCCUUACUGAGGAAAGGAGGAUACAAAGCUCCGAUUACUAAUGAAUUCAGGAAAACCAUAAAACUGACCAGGUACCGUAGUGAAAAGAUGACCCUGAGCUAUGCUGAAUACCUUGCUCAUCGCCAGCAUCACCAUUUCCAAAAUGGCAUUGGGCAUCCCCUUCCACCAUACAACCAUUAUUCCUGACACUGAGCCGCACAACCAGUCACUGGGCCUCUCUGCAGACCUCUUCCCAGGAGACCCUACCCCUUCUUGGUCUAGCUAUCUCUUUUACUGUACCAUUUUAUGAUGAUAGUUUCCGUUGCCAUGAUGAAGCUUUGACAUGUCAAGAUCAUCAUGGUAACGGGUAGGAAAAUGGCAAUUUGUUAAGAAGAUCCAGUUUUAUUAUUUUGAUCAUGGAUUUUUUUUUUUUUUUUUUGCAGCAUAGCAUAUAUAACUUUUGGGGUUUUAUUUCCUUACAAUAUUAUGUAGAUUUUGGCUUUCCUAUCUAAAUCAGGUUUCCGUCUUUCUGUCCUUCUUGUCUUCUUUCUGUCUGUCCUUCUCAUCUUCCGUCUUUCCUGUCUUCUUCCUUUCUUCUUUCCUUCCUUCCUUUGACUGUGGAUGGAAGAAAGCGUGCAGUUUUUAAGGAUUUUAUUUAGGUUUCUCUUCAGUUUUUCCCAGUAAGUGGAUAUUUUUGAUAGUUGAGUUUGGGAGUAAUUCAUAUCAAAUAUCAGGUAUUUGUAUAUUACUCUUAGAUUUGCCUAAAAAUCACUUUGUUAUGAGAACUUAAUAUGUAGAUCUUCACUCCUUAAGUAUAUGUUUUCCCAUGGCUAAAAUACAUGAUUUUAAUUCUAGUAUCUCACAUCUGGAGGUCCAUGAGAGGGCUUGACACAGAGAGUGAGAAAUCAUAUAUGCCUACUGUGCUGGUUAUCAUGAGAGAGACUGCCUCAUCACUUUGUAGACUGAAUUUACAGACUAAAACACUGUUUUAAGAAAGUACAAACUACCUUUCAAAUAUGCUACAGAAAUCACUUUGAAAAGCGGUGAAUAUUAGGAAGAGAGCAUAUAUAGAAUUUAGUGCCUUCAAGAAGAAUAUAAUUAAGUGGAAUUAACUGGGGGGUGGGGAUAGAAAAAAGGCAAUUUAGAGAAAUAUUCUUGUAAUGUUUUGUUGUUUCUAUAUGUGAAGCAACAGAUUAGACAAAUUCCUUACUCUUAAGUAUUUUUUUAAACUGAAAAAAACUAUUUUGAGCAAAAAACCAAAAAGAGACUUUUGUCUAUUAUAUAUUAAUUUAAAUUUGUUAGCUUUUAGGUUUCAAUAAAUCAUGAUUGGCCAGAGACAAUUUUAGCUACCAUUUAAAGAAAUGGUAAAGAUAAUCUAGUGAAACAGAUUUCAGCUAUGUUUGUCAUGGGGGCAAUACUGGAAUUUUAGAAUUAUGAAAUAGCUUGAAUCACUUUCUGCACUACAUACUUGUGAUAGAAACACAUUUACUAUGUUGUUAAGAUGUUACCAUUACACCUAUAAAAAUGGAGUAAUGGUGUUGGCACUUAGAUAUGAUAUUGUUAGAGCCCUGCUCAUUUGCAGGGCUAGUCUUCUCACCAUACAUACAAAGAGAACUCCCUGAUGUCAGUAGGAGGACCGUAUGUCCCCAGAAAAAUGACAGAUUCUGGAGAAAGAUUACCUUCAUCUUAUGUUAGUAAGUAUAUAUGUAUAUAUAUACGCACGCACGCAGACACACAUAUAUGUAUGUGUGUAUAUAUAUAUAUUUUUUUUUUUUCAAACAGGAAACCAAUAUAUCAAGUGAUGACUAUACAUAUGGUGCAGAAUAUAUUCUAAAACUAUAAGAAAUGCCACUGAAUAUUGAAAUGGUUAUCAUUUAUACAUGUAGUCACUGGGACAAGUGACAGACUGCUAGUUGAGAAUUCAAGAAUCCUUUUCUAGUCUGUGACAUAAUUGGCUGAAUUUCUCUGCUUGUCAGUGUGGCAAAGUGAACAGCUUUAGUUUUGGAUGAGAGUUCUUAGUAGGUUGUUGGUAUUCCUUCAUCCACAGCAUCCAUUGUUGAACUAAUCAUUUUCAGGUGUGAUGCCUUAACUACGAUGCCAAUUGUUAGCCUGAAAUGCAAUCUUGGUAGCCAGUUCCAUUGAACCUAGAGAUUAUUCAGAAAGAGUUAGCUGUUGGUCUUUAGAAAGGGAUUUUUAGUCCUUUCAUUUCUACUUGGGAACAUUUUGGAGCAGAUUAGUGUUUCAGUAUGAAAACAAGUGGCUACCUGAUGGAAAUGUUUUUCUUGCCCUUAUAGGGAAACUGAGCACAAGUUGAAUGAUAUUGUCUGCUGCAAAAAAAAAAAAAAGUAAAAAAAAAAAAAAGCAAA